AUGGUUAUUUGGUUCACAACGACGAGAAGCUUGUGGCUGUGGAGUAUGUUCCCAAUGGAAAUCUCAGAGAUCACUUGGAUUGUCGGUAAGGAUGGAAAGACUCUCGACAUGGCAACUCGGCUAGAUAUCGCAGCCGAUAUUGCUCAUACCAUAACUUAUCUUCACAUGUAUACACAGCCACCUCUCAUCCACAGAGACAUUAAAUCAUCAAACAUUCUACUCACUGACAGCUUCAGAGCCAAGCUUGCUGAUUUCGGGUUCGCCAGAUUAGCUCCAGAUACUGAAUCAGGAGCCACUCAUGUCUCCACACAAGACAAAGGAACCGCUGGUUCGUAA